AUCUGGUGUGGUCCUCACUCAUUUAUCAAGGUCUUUGUAUAUAUUCUUUCUUUUCUUCUUCUUCUUCUGACUCUUUUUAAGUUUCCUUCUUUUUUUCUUUUCCUUCUUGUUUUUGUCUUCUCUUUUGCUUCUCAGUAUGGCUACAAGCAAAGCUGAGGGAAAGAGAAGCUUGAAGGAGAUGGAGGAUGAUGAAGAAGAGGAAGAUGAUGAAGAUGGUGGUUGUGGAUUAGGGUUUUCAGAAGAUGAAAAGAAAAGGAAAGGCAAGAAAGGAUCUAGUGCUAGUGGGUCAAUGCCACCAGUUUCUUGCCAAGCAGAGAAUUGCACAUUUGAUAUGACCGAGGCCAAGCGAUACCACAGACGCCAUAAAGUUUGUGAGCACCAUGCCAAGGCUCCUUGUGUUCUUGUUUCUGGAAUCCAUCAACGCUUUUGCCAGCAAUGUAGCAGGUUCCAUGAGGUAUCAGAGUUUGAUGACACCAAAAGAAGUUGCAGAAGGCGCUUAGCAGGACAUAACGAGAGGCGCAGAAAAAGCUCAUCUGAAUACCAUGGUGAAGGCUCAAUUUGAUAAAAGACUUACUACCGGAUGUGAGAGGUAUAGGCUUUCUACUAAAGAGGGAGAAAAAUUUAGAUUAUUUCCCAAUAAAAUUGCCUCUUCCGAGAUGAUAGUUAGACCCAAGUAUCUACCAAUGCUCUCUCUCUUCUGUCAAUUUAACAUACAAAACUUAAAUUAUGUAUCAUCAGGUAGACCACUUUUCUGAAAAUAAAUCUUUUUGGUAUUAUCUUA